UUUUCAUAAGCAAUUCAGCUGAAGGCCAGCACACUAUGUGCUCACUGCUGGGAUAUUUCUUGAAUUACAAGAUUUCAGUCAGGAAGCCUAUUGGCAGCAUCUAUGCAUGUUUCUAUGUUACCUCAGAAAGAUCUUCCUGAUUAAGGAUUCCACCAGGAAGCAAAACAGAUCCAUUUAGGAGGGACCGAGAGGCACCCUGGGAUAAUUCUCCAUCGCCCGGCAGACAGUUUUUGUGAUCAGCACUGUUGUAUUGUUUGCAGCAUCGCGUUGUGUCGUGAGUGUGUGAGGAUCGCCUCUUCAUCUUCCUCAGUUCCUGCUCAGCUGGUAUUAAGCCGCCUGCCGAGGAUGUUUGCACAGCAUCAUAGUGAUUAACCUUUAUAAUAUCCUGGGGAAGAAAUUUCCAUGUAUUUGGCGCUGUUGCAGUGACAAAAUUUCCCCAAAUACCAUCAAAACAAGUAUUUGGCAGCUGAACAUGAUUACAGCUGUUCUGCUGUGUGCUGUUGGAGCGCUCUGCUCUGAUGAUGUGAAGACUCCAGCCUGUGUAUCCAGUCAUGAGGCGGCAUGUUUGCUACCAGCUGAUUAUCUGAAUCGAUCUGCUCCCAUCAGCAAAGAGUUGGCUGUGGGUAAGAAACUCAUCAUCUCCCUGGAGGGCCUCUCUGGAUCUCCUGUCUGCCACUGGAUCAGAGGAGAAGACCGAGUAAUGACAGCCAGAAAUGGGAGUCAGUCCAUGGUCACACCACCGCUUUCUGAGACAGAUUCAGGGGAGUACACUCUGACCUGUGACUCCAACAAUGCCGCCAUGUUUUCCACGACUGUGAUUCUUCAUGUAGUAAUGAAACGUCCAACAAAACCACAGCUGAUGCUCGAUGGUGUUGACGUGUCAGAUACUUCCCCCCUUUUUAAGUGUGUCUCUGAGGGUUUCCCAAAUCCCACAAUUACCUGGUCUGGCAACAAGAAUGUUGAUGAGGCAAAGAUGUUUAAGGCAAGUGAUAAAAGGACAGAGAGCAAAAUAUCAAGCGCUCAAUAUUAUAAUAGAGGAAUGAUGUGCUGUGCAACCAAUGCUGAAGGACAAGAGUGCUCCCAACUGUAUGACUACGACUUACAGAGCAGUGUAAUGAACAAAGAUGAGGUAUCUACUGUCACCCUGAGCAAAGGUCAGUCUCUGCUGCUUCGCUGCAGAGUAAAAGGAUACAGUGAGAAAUCACCUGUGUGGGAGAAAGGAGGAAGACAGCUCGAUGCCAGGACAUUAGCAUGCAAACCAGAGGAGGAGGAGGAGAUGUGCAUUAAAAAUGACUCACAUUACGGUGUUCGGAUGGCCUACCUGUCCAUCAGAUCAGUGAGAGAGGAGCACAGCGGCACAUACACCUGCACGAGUACAGAUAAAAACUCAAAGUCAGUUUAUGUUCAUGUCUCGGAUGAAGGUUUCCUCUCUGCACAGCUGGAUGAGACCAAGAUCAUAUCAGCUCAGGAGGCAUCCAGCACCUGCUUGCAGGCCACUGUUUCCUACCAUCCUGUUCUCCAGCACUGUUCUUGGGAGACUCCUGACAAAAACAGGACUAAAUGUGUCAGGGAGACAUGGGUAACACAGCACAGGACUGUGAAGCUUUGUGAUCCACUCAUAUCAGGAGAUUAUAAGUUACACCUGGAGGCUGGAGAACAAAAUGAAACAAAGACCAUAUCAGUGUGUGUUGUAGAUGAACCAAAGUUCAACUUCUCGUUUAAUAAGGAUGAUGGUACCAUCAACCUUGAGACUUUCAGUCUGUUGCCAGCAAACUAUACCUGGAUGUUUUGCUCUGAGCUCAAUGACAGCUGUGAAACAGACUCGUCCUGGGAUGAGGUCCCAAAUGCAUUUAAAGCAGACUCUGUUUCCUGCAACAAGACGAUCAAGAGCUCAGUGAAACCAGACCUCGGGGAUGGACAUCAUUUAAAGUUUUGUCUGACAAACUCACUUGGCUCCUGGUGCCAAAGUUACCACAUAAUCAUCCCACCUGCAGUCCAGUACUCUAUAGGUAAACAACCUCAGGAUAUCAUAUUCCUGCUGAAAGCAGGCAAUAUAACUCUCCUUCUGGCUCUGGUAGUAGUCAGCACAGUGCUCAUAUUCUUCAUCAAAAAGAAGAAUUUCAGAUCAACAGGGGAGAGUCUGGAGCUACAAGAGUCUCGGCUCCAUCAUCCAGCUCUCAACCAGACUUCCUGCCACUACAGGAAUGUAUCAACCACUGUGGACAUUUCUGAGGGAUAAAACAGAAAAAAGACUCUGCUGGCUGGUCUAUACUUACACAUCAGAGCCAGAC